AUGUUUGAAGAUCACAUGUGGAUGUUCCAUUUGCCACCUUUCAUUAUCAACAAACAGCUUGGAUAUGAGGACCUGGUAAAAUUGACUGUAGAUUUAGGUGGUGGAUUUGAAUUGAAGCAGCUCAGUGUUCAUUUCGGGAAUCGGAUCUAUCCUUAUUGUCAUCAGUCGUGUUUGGGCAACACAUUUGUUUAUGGUAGAACUUCACUGUUGACAAUUACUCAAACGAUAGAUGGUCAAGUUGGUAUUGCAGAGAGUGACUACAAUUGGGGCAAUGUGAAUGCGAAAAGAGGCCUUAUUGAUCUUGAGACUUGUCCUGGUCAAGGCUCUGUUGAGGAGGGGCAACAUGCUAAAAGAACGAGAGGAUUGAUCAUACUGGGUAAGCACAUCUUCCUUGUUUCCAACACCUUUUUGAGAGAUACUACGCAGUUUGUCAUCAGACCAUCAAAUAUGAAAAACCAACUCCAGGGUCUUGUCAUUGGAGUUCCCCUGUCCUUGGAGGCACCUUCGUCGGAGCAUUCUUAUCAAUAUGAUAAGAUGUUCUGUCCAUUCGAUGGAUCAUCACGAAAGUUGAAAAAAGAUAAGGUGAAUUUGGUGCUUCAUAGGAUGAACAAGCUCGGGAAGAAAGCAGAUAUUCUUGCACGUGGCGUUCGAGAACAUGUGAGACUGAGUCCCGAGAUUACAAAAACAGUGCAAGGAAAGUUGAGAAUGGGAGCGAGGGUUCUUCAACUUGGAGGAAUGGAUAAGGUUUUCAUGGACUUAUUUAAUGUUGGAGAUGGCGAAAGGCUAGUGAAGACCUUCCAAUGCUAUUUGUCGACUUCAAUUGGUCCUGUAGGAGGUCUCCUCUUUAUCUCCACUGAGAGAGUGGCCUUUUGCAGCGAGAGAUGUAUAAAACUGGUUUCCCCGGAUGGAGAAACAACCAAAGUCCAUUACAAGGUGAUGAUUCCGCUUAGAAAGGUAAAGAUGGCAAAUGAGACAGAGAAUGUGGAGAAGCCAUCGCAGAAGUACAUACAGAUUGUAACUGUAGAUAAUUUUGAUUUCUGGUUCAUGGGAUUCUUGAACCAUCAGAAAACGCUAAAGCAUCUUCGGCGGGCAAUUUCUCAAGCAUAAGUGGUUUCGAGUCGAUUUGAAACGUCCAAAAAGGACAUUCUUUCUGACCUUUUAGUCCGUCCAUGUCAGAUACAUGUACAACUAGGAAAUGUCAACAUUGUAAAAAAGUUGUCAAUGAGGAAACGCUGUUAAAUCCAA